GGCGCAAGACCACUUGCGCGCGAGUCGUAUUAUAGCUGAUUUUUAGUGCGUUUUGUAGUUAUUUAGCUAAUUUUUAGUGCUAUUAGUGCAAUAGAUAGCUAUAUUUUAGUAUUAUAAAUUGGCAAAAAAAAACUAUAAAUGCAAGAUUACAAACCCCCGCCCGAACCGCAAAAGGGUGUAACCCAAAUAAUUUGUGAUUUUAUCAAGGACUUCUUUUACUUGUACAUAAAGUUUGCACUUUACGCUUUGGCUAUUUACAUUCUUUUCUACUAUUACGACUACUAUUUUGGCUAAUUCUUUUUUUAUACUACAGUGACGCAGAGAUAUGUGAAGUGAACAAAAAAAAACAGUGGAAAGUGAACUUUGUGUGUGUUUUAAAGGAUUUUGGACUUGUGACGUUUUGACACAGAGGCGAAGUUUCGAUCACACUGGCAGUAUGAAGCGAGCAAGACACAGAUGGCUGGGAAUCACUAUACUUUGCUUGACAGUCCUCGCCGUCCUACCAUCCACAUCAGCAGUCAAAGCCACGUCUCUGAUCUUCGCGAAGACCACCAGCACUACAGCCGCGCCGGAGGAACCAUCCGGACCCUCAGGGCCUGAGGAUGGUGCACAGGUUGAAACAACAGCGGAGGGCGCGGAGGGGGCUCCAGCAACCAACACAACCAGCAAGCUGUCAGGCAACCCACAGAUCGAUUACAUUUACGACCCGAACCUGCCUAGAGAAUUGAAUGGGUACAAUCUAUCAGACUACCCGUUCUACGAGACAGUUCCUCCGCCUGAGACUAUCGACUUCAAAUGCGAUGGUCUUCAUGACGGCUUCUAUGCUUCUGUGCCUCAUAAGUGUCAGGUCUACCACCACUGCCUGUUCGGCACCAGAUACGACUUCCUCUGCGCCAACUACACAGCCUUCGACCAGAAGACCUUCAUCUGCCACUUCGUCUCCGAAGUAGACUGCAAGAACUCUCCCAAUUAUUUUAACAGAAACGAAGCCCUCUACAAAGCAACUACAGCUGCGACCCCGCCUCCACCGCCGUCGACCACCACCACAACGACUCCUGCGCCGCCGCCUCGCCCGCCGCGCCGCCGCCGCCCUUACUAUCGAUACGAAUAUGACGACGACGAGUACUAUGAUGAAUACGAUUAUGAAGAGAGAGGGCGCGGCCGCGGUAGGAGACCACAAAACAGAAGACCAGGCAAAGGAAGGCCGUACGAAUAUGAUGAUGACAGAUACGAAACCCGUCAAAGACCAAGAGACGACCCGGAAGAAGAAUACGAAGACAGGAGGCCCUACGAGGACCGUAGACGACCAGGGAAACGGACAUACUACGACAGAGAACGCCCUGAGAGGCCUGAGCGGCCUGAACGCCCAGAACGCCCUGAGCGACCAGAACGCCCGGAGCGCCCCGAGCGCCCGGAGAGAAGACCUUACGACGAUGAAGAAAGAAGACCAGGUUUCAGAGCAGGAAAUCGCAGACAAAGACCCAGAGAUGAAGAUAGAUACAGAGUUGACGAUGAAAGACCCAGAGCUGGACAACGAGAUCAGAAAAAAGAUGAAGGUCGAGUAAGAGACGAAAUCAGACCCAGAGAUGAAGUAAGAGCGACUGAUGAAAGACCUAGGGAUGAAAUAAAACCCAGAGAUGAAUUUAGGCCAAGGGAUGAAAUUCGACCUAGGGAUGAAAUCCGGCCUAGGGAUGAGAUCCGACCUAGGGACGAAAUAAGGCCUAGAGAUGAAGUCAGACCAAGAGAACCAAUUAGACCAAGGGAUGAAAUUAAAGGCAGAGAUGAAGUCAGGACUGAGGUGAGAUCCAGAGAUGAAUUACGACCUAGGGACGAAAUCCGGCCAAGAGACGAAAAACGAGGACCAGAAGAACCUAGAAUUCCAAGACCAAGGGAUGAGCGCAGACCUUCAAGAGAUGAAGUCGAACCCAAAAGACCCAGAGAUGAUCGCUACAGUGAAGGCAGACGGUACAGAGAAGACCGACCUUACAGAAACCGUGAUGACAGAGACAGAGAACGCCCUUACAGAGACGAUGAUAGACAAGAGGAAAAAAGACAAUCAACUGCCCCAGAAACGCCUUUAGUCAAACCAAAUGGUCACGGGAUAUUCAGUCAGCCACGAAUGGCGCCGAAGAUAAAACGCCCUGUGCCAGCGAAGGAAAAAGAUAAGUAUGGAUAUGUGCCUGUAACGACUACGAAGGCGCCGCCAAAAGAUGAUGAAUAUUACGAUGAUUAUGAAGAUGAAGAUACGAGCAAGCCAUCUUCGUCUGGGAAAAGUAGUACAGUAGAAAAGAGACCACGGCCUGAGCCUGUGGAUAAGCCGAGCUUCAAGCCAUCCAGGCCUCACAGAAGGCCAGCGGAAUACAAAUCAAAGAAGCCCUAUGAUGACGAAUAUGACGAUGAUGGUAAAAGUCAAAGAUACUACCAAGUCAGGAGCAAAGAACCUGUAAAAAAACCUGUAGACGAAGAAUAUUAUGAUUACGAUGACAAAAGAGACGAUAGGCCGAAGCUUUUUGAAGAAGACAUAACAUACAAAAUAAAAGAUUUGAAGCCGAACGUGAAAGUGGUGAAGCGACCUUUUUUACCGUCUCGGGGUGGUAGCCCUUACUUGCCUAGAGGCUUGAGCCCCGUUGGAGGUAGAAACAUGAGUUCCCCUCUAAAUACCACCCCUAAACCUACCACAACCACUUCUACAACUACAACAACGACUACUACAACUAGACCUACAACUAGACCUCCCACUACUACAACUACAAGACCUACAACAACCGCUAGAUACUUAACAACAACAGCACAACCUACUACAACAGUUUACACAACAGAAGCACCAACGAAACAGACAACAACAGUAGAAUACGAAGAGUACUAUGACGAAGAUGAAGCUGAAGACUACGAUACUAAACAUAAAUCAACAACGACUGUUGAAUCUGAAACACUUGAACAACUAACAACAAAAGAGCCUGAAGUAACACAAACCAACAAGCCUGUUACCACAACAGAGUAUGUGACAACAGAAGAGAGAGCUAAGAACUUAGCGUCAAAAGUUUUGAGUUCAUAUAAUGAUAAUUAUGAAGCAAUACAGAAACAAUUACAGAGUACUUUAUCACCAGGUGACUAUUUAAAGCCUUACUUGUCUACUCAAGUGCCUAAAAGCCAUAAAUAUAACACAGACGUGCCUAGACCCGUUCCUAAGGAGCCUAGUCUAGAUUUCUUCGAACCAACUCAGGACGACACAGAAGAUUACUUUGAGCCUAAGGAACGCAUACCUGUACCUCGCGAGCCUCAACCACAGCAACAGCCUAAAACAGAAAAACAUCAACCAAAACCGGAGAAUGUCCAGAAACCUGAGACAUAUCAGCCAAAAUUGGAACCGUAUCAACCAAAACUAGAACAUUAUCAACCGAAACCCGAAACCUAUCAGCAGAAAGAAUCAUACAAAACAACAUACAAACCCAAACUUGAAGAGCAAACGUUCAAGCCAAUAGUCAAACCCCAACCUAAACCAGACAUAUCCAAACCUUACACUGCAACAGGCAAGCCUAUUUUAGAAAACAUCUCUAUCAAGCACAACUUAGCAGAUUCCAUUGAAAAUGAGUACGAAGACAUCCGUCUAAACGAGGCACUUGCACCGAACUUGCCGCCAACUGUCAACGUUAGGACUCCAAGUGGGUUCGUGGUGCCAGUUGAGAGAGAUUACGCCUAUUCCAGGUUUAGAACUAAUUUACAACAAGAACCCCAGUACGCUGCGUCAGAAUUGACAAGCUUUCAGCUACGAAAGCGCCCACAGAUAUCUGGAGUUAGCAUAAGAACACCGAACUCGUAUUAUUUACAACCACAGAGGUUGUAUGAUGACGGAAUUGUAAGACAUCCAAGGCAAUUGAUAUAUAGACAAGUAAUACCUUCUGGUGUAUAUUAAAGUGUGAUGUAAUUAGCUCUUUAAAUUAAGGUCUAUCGUGAGUUUUUUACAGGCAAUAAAACUGAGGUAGCGAUGUUGCAAAAUCCAUAGCAUUAUCCCGUUUUUUUCACAGGGUCCGCUUGCCUAACCUGAAGACUUGACAUGUCCGGUUUUUUAUAAAAGCGACUGCCUUUCUGAACUUCUCACCCGCGAAGGGAUAACCAGCCCAAUAUAAGUUAGGUCACUAAAAAUUCAUUUCUCGGGUUGUGAGUUUCCUCACGAUGUUUUUCUUCAAGCGAUUUUGCAUAAUAAAUUAAGUAAUAUUCUAAUUCGUUAGACAACUACGGUGCAACUUUUUUAUGUUACAUUCUAAAUAUGAAAUUAUUUUUAGUAAUUUUUCCAUUGUGUUUGUUCCUUUUAAAGUGCAAGGAUUUAUUUAUAGAAACAUAUUAAACAAAAAAAACUACAAAACAUAAAAAUUGAACAACUACUAGACAAUAUUUCCAAAUUACAAACAAAAGAAUAAAAGUAAAAAGAAAUUAAGUGCAAAUUCGAAGCGCCUUUCUCGAAAUGGGGCACGAUCAAUAUAAUAUAAUAAGUAUUAUAAUUAUUUUCACUUCAAUUCAAUUUAUUCUUGUUUUAAAAACUUAUCUUUGUCUCCUUACAAGUUUAUUAAAUUAGGUCCCAAAUUAUUUCUAAAGUAACACGUUCAUUGUGUAACUGAAAAUUAAAUAUCAACCCCUCACGUGCAAUGUUAUUUUUAGAUAAACACGGCAUGAAAAAAUGUGCCCCACAUAUGGUUCAUGCAGGUAUGAAUUUCAAAUUUCAUGCCUCAUAUGUGGUUCAUACACAGUGAACGUAUUAAAGCUGAAACUUUGAGAAAACUAUAAAAACCUCGAACAAAGUGUUUGUAUAAUCUUAAACAGCGCCACCUAGCGAAUGACGGUUAUAAUUUAUAGAAAACUCACGGUAGACAAAGCCACUUGGACAAUUGGCGUAGUGUUUAUAAGCUCUUUAGCCGAACUUAGACGAUUUUUAUAGUUUAGUCGCGACUUGUUUAAUCGUCAAUCUCACUCGAAGUGAUGAAGAUUUAUUGAAGGACUUACCAGGCGACGGUCCUCAGUAAGAAUAUAGAUGACACUGUACAGACUAGCUUUCGUUUAAUCUUCGUUUAAUUUCAUAGAUAACAGAGAUAUCCAUCUUUUAUCUUUAUUUUUGGGUAUAAAUGAUGACCCUUAUGUUAUUACACCCAGGCUCAAUUAAGAAUUUUUCAUUUCCUGACCCAAAUGAUGAUAAUACACUCUAAAACCGAUAGAUGGCGUUGUCAUCUUUAGUAACAAGUAAACUAAACACUCGACUAAACUACAUAAAUCGUCUAAACAUGGCACUAACUAACCAUUGGGUGUAGGUAGCCCAAAUCGGUUUAAAUAAAAGCCUGUAGGUUUUAAUAAAACAAAAAGAAAACGCUACAGGUUUUUGUGAAAAAAAAACGAACUAAUUAUGUUAGUCAUUUUAAUUUUAACAUUGUAAAUUAAAUAAUUUAAGAAAGAUCAUUUUUUUUGAAAAUUAUGUCACUGCCAAUCUGUAUUUAUAGAUAAAUAUUUUUUUUUUUAUUAAGGACCUUCAAAAUACUCUAAGUUACCCUAUUUUUAAGGAGAAUAAAAUAAAAAAUAUAUAUGUAUUUUCUGAGUUACCUGUUUCGUUACUGAGCACUGAAUGUUUUUUUAUUUUUUUAUACGGGCGCGAGUGGUUGAAUUUUGUAAUUACACUUAAAAAAGUUAUUUUUAAGACAAAUUUCUUAAAAAAUAAUAAAAUGGUUGUAAAGUGAA